AUGAUAAGAUUCAAUUAUUCACUAUUCAUUUUAAUAUUCCAUUUGUUUUAGAAUCCAACAUAAUAACCCUACAAAAUCAAACAACUCUAAUACAAUAACAAUCUAUAUAAUAAUCAAUCUAAAUUAAUGAAUUUAAAUAAAUUUCACACAAGACAUCAAUCAUAACCAACUUUAUGGAGUUUACAUUAACCCCAACAUAAACCUAAUACUAGACCAAAAAUAAAUCAUAAGAGAAUAGUAUUACCUGUUAUCCCUCAAAAUCCAGCUGUAGGCUAUUAUUCUCCAAAUUUACAAAGCAUAUACUCAAAUCCUAAAAUUGCUAGAAUGCGUAGUGUAACUAAAAUACCAACAACCAAUGACUAUUCUUUAGAAAAAUUAAAACCCUAAUAAAGCAACAAGAAGUCUUCUUAAAAGUUAACUAUAUUAGAAAUGAUGCUAAAGGAAGUAGAUGAAGAAGUUGAUUAGGAUUUGAGGGAGAAUCCUGUAAUAAUUUAGAUUAUAUAAAAAUUAGAAAUGUGCAAAAACUCCAUUGUAAUUACAACCAUUAAAUGAUAACUUUAUUGAGUAACUCAAAUAUUUGAAGUUGAAUUUACAACGACUUCUAAGAAAGAAAAUAUGA